AUCAAAGCUACUGCCAACAUCCAAACAUUAUUAUUCCAUUAUUAUAACAAACCAAUUCCCACUUCCCCGAAAUGGCUUUUGAUUUCUUUUUGUCCCUCUAAAAAAUUAAAUCCAUUUAUUUCAUUUCUCUCUCUUUUUCCUCAUUGAAUGUGAAAAAAGAAGAAGAAGAAGAAGAAGAAGAAGAAGAAGAAGAAGGAAAAAUGAGACGUAAAAUGGAGAGAUUGGUUCUUCUUCCUUUCUCUGUGGGAUGUAUCUCUGAAACAAGUGUUGCUGUGGGAAUUCAACACAAUUCAACAACUUCAAAACCACAUCCCAUCUCUUCUCCUACAUCAAAAGGUGAGAAAGAUGAAGAUGGGAAAGAAGAAAUUGGUUGUGAAAGGUCAUUAGAGGAAAGCUUGAAGAAUUCUCAAAGGUUCACAGCACUUGCAAAGCCUAAUAUUGGAGUUGGCUUUCAUAGGCUUUACAAAGGUUUCAAGAACAUCUCUCAAUUAUUUGUGUACAAAGAAGAGAUGGAAGAAAUGGAGAUGGAAAUGGAAAUAGGAUCUCCAACAGAUGUGAAGCAUGUGACACACAUAGGAUGUGAUGCCACAGCAAGAUCAGAAGAUGCUGCCAAUUCUUUCAUUGCUUGGGAAACUCUUCUAGCUUCUUCUUCUUGGAGGCAAUUUGAUGAUCAACUUUCAAACCCUAAGCAUUUACCAAAUAUUCUUGGUCAUUCCAUUUGAAAUAAUAAUAAUAACAACAAUAAUAAUCUCUCCAAUAUAUAAGAUUUCAUCACUACUUAUGUGCAAACAAAUGUAUGGUGUUCUUGUUUUCAUUUUUUCUUUUUCUUUUUCUUUUUCUUAAUGCAUGUUUGAUGAUCAUGAUCAUGGCAUUCAUAUGGAGAUAUAUGUAUAUUUAAUGUCUCUACAACAUGAACUUUUUUUUUAUUUUGCUAAUUUAUGUAUAAAUCGUAUGUCAAGAUUUGCGUGACAUAACUCCUAUGUAUAUGUUUAACUUCUCUUUUUUCCAAUAAGAACAACAUAAAACAGACACUCUUAGCUAUAAAAAGUGCGAGAUUCAAAGCUCC